CCUCAGACUGGUGAACGGCUCUGAUAUCUGCUCUGGUCAAGUUGAGCGUCAGUAUUUCAGUAAAUGGGGCUCAGUGUGUGAUGAGUGCAUGAAUAUGAGAGCUGCCAAUGUCCUCUGUAGAGAGCUGAAUUGUGGGAUUGCUGUGUCUGUUGUGGGAGUGGACUGGUUUGGAGAGGGAUCUGGUGAAAUCUGGGCUGAUGUGUUUGAUUGUCAGGGGAAUGAAACAAAACUCUCAGAAUGUUCAAUCUCUUCAUGGAGUCGAGCUGAAUCCUCUCAUAAACAAGAUGUUGGAGUCAUUUGUUCUAGUGAGUGAACUUCACUCUGUCAUUAACAUGAAGUUACUGUAGUGUGAUCGUAAUCAAUCUGAAAAUGUCAAAUCCUUUCUCCGGAUUCCGCUCUGUCUCUUCAUGAUGGUCGAGUGAGGUUGUCUGGAGAGAGAGAGUGUGAGGGUGAGGUGGAAGUUUACAUUCAUCAGGUUUGGAGGAGAGUUCUGCUGGACUCCUGGAGUCUCACUGAAUCCUCUGUGGUCUGCAGACAGCUGGGCUGUGGCUCUGUGCUGAACUUCACUAACUCCUCUUCAUCCAGUGAUGAACACAGUUAUGAGUGUGUGAUGGGCUUCCAGUGCUCUGGGACUGAAGAUCAUCUGAGGAACUGCAGCUCUCCACAAACUCUCAACUGCAGCGCAACACAACAGCUGUCAAUCACCUGCAUUGGUCAGCGGUCCAUCAGGUUGGUGGGUUCUGGUGGAGAUUGUGCAGGAAGGCUGGAGGUUUUUCACAAAGGCUCAUGGGGUACAGUGUGUGAUGACUUCUGGGAUAUUAAAGAUGCUCAUGUGGUGUGCAGACAGCUGCAGUGUGGAGUGGCUCUCAGUAAUCAGCCAGUACCAGCCUGGUUUGGUCCUGGUUCUGGACCCAUAUGGCUGGAUGAUGUGAACUGUGAGGGGAAUGAGACGUCACUGUGGAGCUGCUCUUCACAGGUCUGGGGAGAUCAUGACUGUAACCAUAAGGAGGAUGUAGGAGUUGUGUGCUCAGAGUUUAAAGAGCUCAGGUUAACUGAAGGCUGUGAAGGGAAUGUGGAGGUUUUCUACAAUGGAUCCUGGAGUAAUGUUUGCUGGAAUCAGAUGGAAAGAGACACAGCGAGUCUGAUCUGUCAAGAGCUAAACUGUGGAAGAUCUGGCAGUCUGUCUUAUUCAACAUCAAGAGUGCCGUCAGCUUAUAACUGGUUGGAUAAUGUUGAAUGUCGACCAUAUGACUCAAAUCUGUGGCAGUGCCCGACUACACCCUGGGGAAAGAAUAACUGUGGUCAAAAUGAGGUGACUUUUAUCACCUGCUCUGGUGAGAAAAUAAAAAUAACUAAAUAAAUGAACUGUAAUGUUUUGUUACCUUAGAAUGAGGUGUUUUAUCUACAUAAACCAUGGGUCCCCUUUCAUGUACUUCACUAUUUUGCAACGCCAUGU